GUUGAUGGCGCGAGUACACGCGACACGAGUUGACUGCGACUGUGACUGUGACUGCGACUGCGACGCGUGCGAACUCAACGCAAAGCUGUGACUUCACGUGAAAUCGUAACAGUAACAGUAACAGUAACCGAAAGCCGCCGCCGUCGUUCGCAACGUGAAAAAAAAUAAAUAAAUUAAAUUGUAUUAAAGUACAUAUUAAGAAACAAAUAUCGAAACAAUUGCAUUUUGUUUUAUAAUUUUUUUUAUGGUGUGCCUGAGAAAACAAAACAUAAGAUAAGCAACACGAAGAAGCAGAAAAGUGUAUCUAAAAUAUGCAAAAACUGUUCCGUGCCACAUAAAGCAAAGAUAUAUUUGAAUAACAGCUACCAACAAAAAGUAAUCGAUAAAAAAAAAGAAGAAGAGUAGAGGGAAAAGAAACCGUCACGACGUCGUCGCCCGGGUCAAUAAUGCUGGUGCCGUCGGACAUGAUCGCGGCACAGUCCAAGAUGGUCUAUCAAAUGAACAAAUAUUGUGCGGAUCGUGUGCAGGUGCGCAAGGCGCAGAUCCACAAACAGAUCCAGGAGGUCUGUCGCAUCGUGCAGGAUGUGCUCAAGGAGGUCGAGGUGCAGGAGCCCCGCUUCAUAUCCUCCCUAAACGACUACAACGGGCGCUUCGAGGGCCUGGAAGUGAUCUCACCCACAGAGUUCGAAAUCAUCAUCUACCUCAACCAGAUGGGCGUCCUCAACUUUGUGGACGACGGCACCCUGCCCGGCUGUGCGGUGCUCAAGCUGAGCGACGGACGCAAGCGUUCCAUGUCCCUCUGGGUGGAGUUCAUCACCGCCUCGGGCUAUCUGUCCGCGCGCAAGAUUCGCUCCAGAUUCCAGACGCUGGUGGCCCAGGCCUGCGACAAGUGCGCCUACCGUGACAUCGUCAAGAUGAUCGCCGAUACCACCGAGGUGAAGCUGCGGAUCAGGGAGCGCAUCAUUGUGCAAAUCACGCCCGCCUUCAAGUGCGCCGGCCUCUGGCCACGCUCGGCCUCGCACUGGCCGCUGCCCGGCAUACCCUGGCCGCAUCCCAAUAUUGUUGCAGAGGUUAAGACUGAGGGCUUCGAUAUGCUUUCCAAGGAGUGCAUCGCGCUCCAGGGCAAGAACUCCGCCAUGGAGGGCGAUGCCUGGGUGCUCAGCUUUACAGACGCCGAGAAUCGUCUGUUGCAAGGUGCAAGUCGCCGUCGUUGCCUUAGCAUAUUGAAGACACUGCGCGAUCGCCAUUUGGACCUGCCGGGCAAUCCCGUAACAUCGUACCAUCUGAAAACGUUGCUGCUCUACGAAUGCGAGAAGCACCCGAGGGAGAUGGAGUGGGAGGAGAACUGCAUUGCGGAUCGGAUCAAUGGCAUAUUCCUGCAGUUGAUCUCGUGCCUGCAGUGCCGUCGCUGUCCGCACUACUUCCUGCCCAAUAUGGAUCUCUUCAAGGGCAAGUCUCCCGGUGCUCUAGAGAAUGCCGCCAAGCAGGUCUGGCGCCUGACGCGCAUCAUGCUGACCAAUGUGCGUUGCCUGGAGGAGUUGUAGGGAUCCCAACAAAUUUGUGAGAUGGUUUUACACAACGAUUCUCUCUCUAUCUCUCUCUCUCUCCUUUUCUCUUUUAUUUUUUUAUUUUCUUUAUGAUUUUGUCAUUUUUAUUUUUUUUUAUUUUUUUCGUUCUUUGUUUGUUUGUCGGGGAAACGAGCUAGAAACAAAAGCCGCACAAUGUGGCCCAAUACAAUUAGUUGGUAGUUGUCGUAGUUCGGGGGCUAGCGAACUAGGGGGUAUACGCUCAGAGAGGUACAUAAUUCGGAAAUUUUAACCCAAAUACUAUUUGAUAUUUUUAUAGAUAGUAAGUUGUUUAGUUUUUAGGUGCUUUCGAAAAGUAUACGCCGCUUACAGAGUUUCCUAUAUUUAAUUGAACCACACACACAUAUAUAUAUAUAUAUAUACAUAUAUAUAAUACCUAAAUAGAUCUUAUCGUAUAAUACAAAUAACAGCAGCAAAAAUACGCACAAACCUAAGUACUUAUAUCAACUGAACUACACUUAAAUAUAUCUAGAUAUAUA